CUGACCAGCAACAUGCUUCGUUUCCUGGUACUUGCAUCCAUCGUCGCUUGCAGCCUGGGUGCCGUUGUCCGACACCGACGCCCCCGCAUUGACGGCCGAAUUGUUGGGGGUGAAGAUGCAGAUAUCGCUAACUAUCCAUAUCAGCUUUCUUUCGAGUACUCUGGGAACCACAUCUGUGGUGCUUCAAUUAUAGGAACUUCCUGGAUUGUGACUGCGGCCCAUUGUGUUGAUGGGAUCUCUGCUUCCAACGUACAAUUUCGCGCUGGGAGCAGUUUCAGGGGCACUGGCGGUUCCAUUCACCCAGCAGGUGAGCUGAUUGCUAACCCACGAUACGAUUACUACACAGUCGACUUCGACAUCGCUGUUGGUAGGGUGUCCAUUGCCUUUGAAUUCGGACCAAGCGUACAGCCGAUUACACUAUCCACUUCUCAACCUUAUGCUGGUCACAGCUCCGUGGUGACGGGCUGGGGAACUCUAUCAUCAGGAUCUUCAUCCCUUCCAAGACAGCUUCAAGUGGUGACUUUGUCAAUUGUGUCUCGUGAAGAGUGCAACGCUGCGUAUGAAGAAUCUGGUGGAAUCACAGAGAAUAUGAUCUGCGCAGGUGUAACUGGUGGAGGUGAAGACUCUUGCCAGGGUGAUUCAGGCGGUCCCUUGGUUAUUGAGAGACGCCUGGCCGGCAUCGUUUCCUGGGGAGCUGGGUGUGGUGAACCAUUGUACCCCGGAGUGUACUCCAAUGUUGCAGCUCUCAGGAGUUUCGUUACAAAAGAAACUGGUGUGGCCUAGGACUGUGAUAUUGCAAGACAUUGAGAAUAUUUCUGAAAUAUAAUUUAUUUAAAUAAAGUGGUUUUAUAAUAUUGACCUAUAAGGUAUAUCAUUAGUGCCUAUCAUAUCCAGUAUCCUUGACUGCUGAAUGAUGUGCGUGAACCACACUAAGGAUUUAUCUGGUACUUCACUAACAAAUCACUUAAAAUUUUAAUGAGAUGUAGGUUUUGUGUCAAAUAUAUUGUAUUUUUUUUCAUAUAUUUCAGUACUUAUGGACAAAAUAGAAUUGUAAUUCAAAUGUAAAUAUUAAUGUGAUAGAAUGCAAACAUUUCUUUUGCAGAUAUAAUAUGCUGACGAAGAGAAAUAUUAAAUAAUUUUGUAAAUAUUACCGAUGAGUUGAUAAAUAACAUUCU